AGCAGCGUCCGGGCCCGUACGUGAAGGUGUCCACGUCCACCGCGGCGAACACGCCCCACAGCAGUCAAGGUCCUUACCGCCAGGAGUCAACAGUCAGGUCACGGGGAGGGGAGAGACCCGGGAAGCGGGGUCUGGAUCGGCAGGUGAACCCCCCCCGCCCCGCCCCCCGCCAAUGCCUCAGGGUGUCUGGGAGGAGGGCGCUCCAGACACGCCCCCUGUCCCCAGCAGCUCCCCCUCUGCCCAGCGCUGUCCUAGAAGGCCAGACAUUGGCCCGUGGCCACCUGCCAAGUGGGGCCGGGACCCGGGACCGGGGGAAAGGGCCUCGGAGGCGGCCUGAGGGCCCUCAGAGACUGCCGCCGCGGCCACUCCCUUAGACUCUGGACGUGCGGGGACCGGGGGCGCUCUGCCUCCGCCGUAUAAGAAGCGGGAGCAGGGCCCCGCAGCGAGGCCGGAGGCGGGCUCGGGGCUCGGCCGCGCAGGGGCGCCCCCACCGGCGGCGGCUCGGCGACAUGGGCCGCUACUCCGGCAAGACGUGCCGGCUGCUCUUCAUGCUGGUGCUCACCGUCGCCUUCUUUGUGGCCGAGCUGGUCUCGGGCUACCUGGGCAACUCCAUCGCGCUACUGUCCGACUCCUUCAACAUGCUGUCCGACCUGAUCUCGCUGUGCGUGGGGCUGGGCGCCGGCUACGUGGCGCGGCGGCCCCGCGGGGGCCUGGGGGCCACCUACGGCUACGCGCGCGCCGAGGUGCUGGGCGCGCUGAGCAACGCCGUCUUCCUCACGGCGCUCUGCUUCACCAUCACCGUGGAGGCCGUGCUGCGCCUGGCGCGGCCCGAGCGCAUUGACGACCCCGAGCUGGUGCUCUUCGUCGGCGCGCUGGGGCUGGCCGUCAACGUGCUGGGGCUGCUCAUCUUCCAGGACUGCGCCGCCUGGCUCUCCUGCUGCGGCCCCCGCCGCGGCCGCCCGCCGCCGCCGCGCGACCAGCCCCAGCCGCCGGCCGAGGGCCGCUCCCCGCGCGCGAUCGCGGGCCCCCGCCGGCCGUCCGCCGCCACCCGCGGCGUGGCCGCGGCGGAAAGCAAGGAGGAGCAGGGGGCGACCGUGUUCUCCAACGUAGCAGGUGAUUCUCUGAACACCCAGAAUGAACCAGAAGAGACUAUGAAAAAGGAGAAAAAGUCUGAAGCCCUGAAUAUCAGAGGUGUACUUUUGCAUGUGAUGGGCGAUGCCCUGGGAUCGGUGGUUGUGGUGGUCACGGCCAUCAUAUUCUACAUGCGUCCCCUGCAACCUGAGGACCCAUGUAACUGGCAGUGCUACAUCGACCCCAGCCUGACUAUCGUCAUGGUCAUCAUCAUUUUGUCAUCUGCCUUCCCACUCAUCAAGGAGACUGCUGCCAUUCUGCUGCAGAUGGUCCCCAGAGGAGUUAACAUGGAAGAGCUGAUGAGUAAACUCUCGGCCGUGCCCGGGAUUAGCAGUGUACAUGAAGUGCACAUCUGGGAACUUAUAAGCGGAAAGAUCAUUGCCACCCUGCACAUCAAGUAUCAGAAGGACAGGGGCUAUCAGGACGCCAGUAGGAAAAUUCGAGAAAUCUUCCACAGUGUGGGAAUCCACAAUGUGACCAUCCAGUUUGAGCAGGUGGACUUGAAGGACCCCGUGGAGCCGAAGGACUCGCUAUUGCUCUGCAGCUCACCCUGCAUCUCCAAGGGCUGUGAGAAGCAGCUGUGCUGCCCCCCGGGGGCCCUGCCUCUGGCCCACGUCAAUGGCUGUGCGGAGCACAACGGCUGUCCCCCCCUAGACACCUACCCAAGUGAUAGCUUCGGUAGGCACGAAACAACACAAGUGGCUAUUCAAGUAUCUUUGGACAGCUGCCUGAGUGACCACAGACAAGCUCUUAGCAAAACUCAGGAGGACCAACAUUAUGUCAACAGCACACAUUUUUAAUCUGGUCCCCACAUGAACAGACUGCGUAGAUGAGGCGCUCUGGCUUGUGGAAGGACCUCUGUGGGCUGUAGACACUGAUCAAACUGGCGGUGUGCUCGCUCCGUGUUCAACAAGGGGCUGGUGGUCUGGGAUGUUAAUUGCAUGUGUCUGUUAAUUUCUGUGUGACCGAGAAGCCCUUUACAUUGUCCCGGGUAUCUCAUGCUGCUUUUCCACAAACUCGUCGUUUCCGUUUGCGCAUUUAUUUUGAGAAGCCAACUGCGCUCACAUACGUGUCAGGGACGCUGAAGGCUGGGACUCCAUGGCUGUGGCCGCGGGAUUCAAAGUAGUUCCUAUUUUAAAGUGAUUGGAACGUGUAACUGACUCUCAGGUGAGCUCGUAGCCAAGUACAUCGAAAAAGCUUAAGAAUCAUGAUAGCUCUUUUUUUUUUUUUCAUUCCACUCGAAGAUCACAAAAAAGGAACGUUGGAUAGUCCUGUCACUGUGGAAAUUUUUUUCUUUGACUCAUUUUCGAAUAAAUGUAAAGUGAACAUCUAUGGGAGUAGAAAAUAUUCUCAGAACAUGCGAGGGCGUGGAAUUCAUUGGGGGAAGACAGGAAGAAAAGGCUUUCUGACCACCUCUUCAUUUUGUGAGGUAGAGACAAAACUAAUGUUUACUUUCCGCUGUAAAAUGAACGACAGCUGUAGGGUGCUCCAGAUGUUUAAUGCAUAAAAUACUUUUUUUUUUCACUUGGAAGUAUGGGAAUAUUUCCACUUCCUAAGGUAUGACACAAUACUUAAAUGUUGUCUUGCAGAAUCAGUCCAGGUGGGGACUGUUCUCAUUUAUUGCUUAAUGACUUAUUUGUCCAAAUUUCCUUUGGGGUUUUUUUUUUUUUAUAUGAUCACACUGAUAUGUGUAACCUUUGCUAGGAGAACAUGGGUAUUCCUGAGAUAGAAGAAUAUAUGACACUGAGUAUUCAUUCCUGCCAAAAAAACAAGCUAGAUUGACUUUUCUUUCACUAGGCAUAUUUUAAAAUAUUUAUUGUAGUUGCCAACUAGUAACUUGAUGGUAAAGUGUACGUGUAGGGAAAAAUGAGAAUUAAUUUAAUUGCUGCCUUUUAAUGUGUUUUGAGGAACUUACGAUUUUCUUUAUUUCCUUUUCUGGCUCUGACCCAUAUUACCAAUUUCAAAUAAAUUUAUUAGGCUCUGAUUUGGAUCCAUAAUCGACUUACAUUAGUAUUGAAGAAGGCUCUGUCCUAUAUUGAACACAUUGUUUAGGCAGUAGUAUUUUAAUCAGAACAGUCUCAAAAUAGGUCUGAGAAAGUGGAGAUGCCCUCAUAGAGAACUAGAGUCUUCCCUGAUGGGUUGUAAAAUUGACUGGCAAUGGUCAUCUGUUAGGCUCCAGGCACAGAGUUCUGUUUAGAAUCUGCAUGGGAGUCAACAGAAAUGCUGGGUUGGUAAUGGAAAAAGCGCCUGCAUUUUUCAGCACUAAUACCAGCUUUAAAAAAAAAAAAAAUGUCUUAGUGUUCAUUCUAAGGCGGAAAUAAGUAAGCGGUUGUGAUCAGUAGGAUAGGAAUCUUUUUCAUUCAUUCCUUCAAAAUUUAUGAUCUGGGUUUAAAUUGGCCAUGAAGGGACGCCUGGGUGGCUCAAUUGGUUAAGCGUCUGCCUUCAGCUCAGGUUAUGAUCCCAGAGUCCUGGGAUCGAGCCCCACAUUGGGCUCCCUGCUUAGCGGGGAGUCUGCUUCUC